AUGUACUCUACCAAGUGUAUACAAAAACAAGCGCACAAAGAAGGAAUAUGGUGCUGCACAUGGGGUGAAAAUCGGAACAGAAAUAAACAGUACAUUAUUACAGGUUCUUUAGAUAAUGGCCUCAUCGCUUGGGAGUGGAUUAAUAGUCAGUUAAAAUGUCUUUAUCAAUUUGAAGGACAUAGAUUGGGUGUUAUUUCGGUUGACAUAAAUUCAACAGGUACACUAGCAGCAUCCAGCAGUCUUGAUAGCCAGAUUUUAUUAUGGGAUCUGGAAACAGGAAAGUUAACAAAAACAUAUGACGGUGAUCCAGCUGAUACCUGGACUGUUGCUUUCUCUCCUGAUUCGCGUUUCCUAGCUACUGGGAGUCAUACAGGCUGUGUAAAUAUGAUUAAUGUACAAACUGCUCAGAAAGAGGGUUCUAUUCAAUUAGAAGGGAAAUUUGUCUACAGCCUUGCUUAUAUCUCUGACGGAUCUAAACUAGCUGCUGGAACAAUCAAUGGGCUUGUCAGCAUUUGUGAUUUAGAAACAGGGAGUGUUCAGUUUUUGGAUGGACACGCCACACCGGUACGUUCAGUUUCAUUUUCACCCGAUGGACGUCUAUUGGCUUCUGCAUCAGAUGACAAACAAAUUAAAGUUUUCGAUGUACGCGAUGGUCGACUAGUUAUCCCUAGUUUAAAUGGUCAUAAAGGAUGGGUUGUAUCAGUAGAUUUCGCUUCAGAUAAUCGACAUCUUGUCACAGCAUCCACUGAUUGUUCUGUUCGAAUCUGGGAUCUGGCAUCAAAAGAAGAAAAACAUUGUUUUAAUACACAUGAAGAUCAGGUAAGUCCAUUUUAUUUGGCUUUUCAUUGUAUUGCUACUAAAUUAGAUUAAGGCUUAUAAAUCAGCUGUACUUGUACGUUCAGACUAACGUAAAAUAAACAUGGAUUCUAUUUGAUGUAAUCCGUCAAGGCAAACCGAAAUUCG